UCAAGGGCAAGAGGGAGAUCAAAUUCGUCAACAGUCUCAGAAGCUAGUCCAAACUAGUGGGAGGUUGUGUGCACAAACAAGAAGUGAUGGCCCGUGGUAAGGUCCAAAUGAGGAGAAUAGAAAACCCGGCUCACCGGCAGGUCACCUUCUGCAAGCGGCGAAUGGGCCUGCUCAAGAAAGCUAAGGAGUUGUCUGUUUUAUGUGAUGCUGAUAUUGGUGUCAUUGUGGUCUCCCCUCACGGCAAGAUUUAUGACUUAGCCACCAAUGGGAACAUGCAAGGCUUGAUCGAGAGGUACAGAAGAACCUAUUCAGAAAUACAUGGUAAAAGUCGUGAACAGAACAAAACUCAGGCAAUACAACAAGAGGUAUCAGCAUUAACGCGUGAAAUCUUUCAGAAGGGCUUAAGGUACAUUCAUGGAGAGAAAGACAUAAACCACAUGAAUCUUGGUGAGCUCCAAGCCCUUGAAAAUAAUCUUGAAAUGUGGGUACAUAACAUUCGCUCCCAGAAGGUAAGGUUCAUGGCUUCAUGCUCUUCCCGAUUCAGGUGGAAUCUUGUAAAAAAUAGAUGGCACCUGCAAGUUUUGAUAUACGACUCUUUUAUGUCAAACAGAUGCAGACCAUGUCCACGGAGAUUGAGAUGCUCCGGAACAAGGAAGGCAUAUUGCAGGCUACCAAUGACAUACUUCAAGAAAGGAUAAAUGAGCAGAAUGGGAUUCUGAAUUUCAGCAGCACCGUGAUGAUACCGCAAGCACCAUUCCAGCUAAACAUGGAGAGUAACUACUAUUUAUAGGCAAAGCUGCUGUCCUACCAACUUACCAAGUGAUCAAGUCAUCUCGUCAACGUUGUUUCCAGUUCAACCAGGCUAUCAUACUGGGACCUCAGAUCGUUCAUAUCUAUCAUCUUUAUCAUCUUUGGGGAAACCAGUGUUUGUAUCUGUGCAGUGCAGGUUCUGUGUAUGUAAAAAAAUUACUUUGAAUACUUGAUGCAUCGCUCUGUUUAACAUGGUAGAACUCUUUGGAUGCAAUAUCAAAUUUGGCA